ACCGGAAACACUGGUUAGAGACAAAGUGUGGUGAACAAAAUGGCUUCGUCUAGCGCCGUGGAAAGGUUACAGGCCUUAGAGUCCAUCGAGAAAGAAAUAGCAGCCGUUCUACAAAACGCAGGCCUGGCCGUCCAGGAGCUGUGUAAGGACAAGCCGAACGAGCGUCAGCUGGACAGACACACCGGUCAGUUCCUCAAGUCCCUACAGGACGUGGAGUCUGGACUGUCACAGGAAAUCAACUACCUCACACAGGUUGCUACCGGCCAGCCACAUGAAGGGUCCAGCUACUCUGCUCAGAAAGAGACUCAGAUGGCCCUGCACAGAGUGGAACAUGCCAAGAAAAGACUGGCAGAUCUCAACACUGUCUGUUCACAGGGAUCCUCACAGGGUUCACAGCAGUAAUGUUCUACUGUGGG